AGUUCAAUGAAAUCUCUAAGAUCCCUGGGGAAUGUGACCUGUGACCCAUUUCUCUUCUUCAGGUUUCAGACACAAAGAUGUGGGUUCUCCAGGCCUUGGCCAUCAUGUUGAGCAUCCAAGCAGGAACACUUGACCUGGUAGAAACACCACCAGUGCUGGCAAGUCUUCCUGCAGUUGUGCCUGGUCAACUCAAUAUCCCUUCAGUACUCCCAAGUUCCCCAGACCUCAAAGGUCCACCCAAGCAUCAAGGGACACCUCCCAAAAGGCCUGUACCUCCAUUCAGAGGUGGCAAGUGUGUACCUGCAGCCAGAUACUUCCUCUCCAGUGACAAACUCCAAGACUACCUCAUGAAGACACUGCCCCCACAGAUUGAGAACUUGGUGAAGUGUGAUGAUGUUGACCUGGGAGGCAUGAUUGGAAGUUUGAUAACCACGUUGGAGGACUCUGAUGUGCUUGCUAUCUUAGAUGUCACUUCCCUCCUAAAUGGGGGAGGAGGCCUUGGCAUUGGUGGACUCCUAGGCAAUGAAGGUAAUGAGGAUUCCUCAAAGCACUCAUCUGGCUCCAAGGUUGCUGGUGGUCUUGGUCAGCUAAUCCCAGAGGGCCUCCCAGGCACAGAUGUCCUGGGUGGCUUACUAAACCUUGGUGGAGACAAGGGCCCUGGAAAAGGACUGCUGAAUGGGAAUGGGCUCUCCAAUAUCAAGAAGCCUCUAGAUGACAUCGUUGAAGAUGUAAGCAAUCUAAAAGAUACUGUCCAUGACAAAGUGACCAAUAUGGUCCCAGAUACCAUCAAGGAGCCACUUGGAGAUCUGCUCAAGAUGGACAUCAAAGAAACUGUGCUCAAAUUAAAGGUCUCACAAGUAACAGUGGACAGCACGGAUAUAGCCGUGGGAGCUGAUGAGAUCCAAGUUCUCUCCGCAGUUACUGCCAUCAUAGAAGGACAAGGCUUGCUUGGACCAGUCAUCAACCUAAUGCAGUUUCAGUCUCAGAUGGACGUAACAAUGAGAAUUGCUGUUUCCUCCAACAACACCCAAUGCGUCAACCUUGAUGUGCAAGACACCCAUAUGCAGGUCAAGGAAAUGAACAUUCAGCUAAUAGAGACAGUCAAAGAAACUGUGCCUCUGCCUGUGCCUCUGCCCUUGAAUUCAGUCAUCCCAGUACUCCUGACAGCAAAAAUAAAUGAAAAUAUGGAGAAAUCCAACUCCUGUGCCAUCGUCCUCAAUGACUUCAACAACUGCAAGAACACUUCCGGCUUAUUCAGUUACCAAGUUCAUACUGCCAAGAUGUCUCCAAAAGGACUUUCCAUCCUCUACUGUGUUAAAGCCAAUAUAGGCAACAAAACUGUCCCUGUGCCUGGAGGUCGGCUCCCUCCAGAUCCCAAAAAUGCCAGCAUUGCUGUAACCAUUUCCUCCUCAACACUGAAGACACUUAUAAAACAUGUGGCCAAGAACAGCUCUGUCCAGAUGAAUGACCUGGAAGCACAAAUCACCUAUAUAGCACUUGCCUCCCAGGAAAACAAUACGCUCAGAGUCCUCUAUAAGGUUGACAUAAGAAAGGAUGGCGAGGAAUUUGCCACUGGGGAAUCGAAAUUAUUCAUCUCCCAUGGCAGCAAGAUUUCAAACUCCACACUGACACCAGACAUCAAACUCAUAAGGUCCGAACACACUGUGGUGCCACCCGAGGCAAAGGAAGAAGUAGAAGGCAUUAUGUCUGAAGUCACAAAGAAGGCCUGGUCCAGCUUCAAUGAACUGUAUAAAAAAAUGAAUAUUCCUGAAGGAGUGUCUUCAAAUACUUUAACGAACUCCAAUGUCAAACUACUGAGAUCAAAUGACCUUCAGGCAGCAAGCUGAAACCAGCAGGACUGAACUACAGCAGUACUGAAUGACAGCAAAACCCCCUGAGAAGUUUUUCCAUGCCCUUUCAACCCCAUACUUAUAAUUCAGGAGACAAUAGCUAUGGUCUCCUCAGCAUGCCCAGAAUCCUCUGCCUUGAGUGACAAAGGACAAGAACAGUUGGAGGAAAAGGGCAUUGUUGUAAUCAGCUCCUUAAUAA